AUGCCACGUUUACAAAAGGGCUUGGAUUCCAUGAAGACAUCAUCUGAAGUAAAAUGGAUACGCCACUUGAUCCCAUACCUCGUUAACGUCCCAACGCCAGAACGAAUGUUGAAUGUCACUAACGGGCAAGGGCCAGCGCUCCAAGCGAAUAUGGGUGUCCAAGUACCUCAGUGGGCGCCAGCUUUUGGUGUCGUCGAUGGGCCGUAUGCUCGACAUCUCGCCAAGUGGCUCAUUUCUAACCCCAAGUUUGACGGUAUCCGGGCACCGACUCUAGAACAGUACCGAAAAGGCAGGAGUUGCUCGGAACAUGGGCUGAAGGAGUCGUGGGUUAGCUGGCCAGAAACUCCAAGCGCUACCUUAUGGCUACUCGCAACCCAGGGGCAAGGCUGGGCCCUGAAUCUUGAAACGUGCUUCCGAUGGCAAGAUGAUCAACACACAAAAACGAGUACGGGAGCCAUGAGGAAGCAAGCAGCGAUUGCCUGUGGUCAUUCUAUUGACCGCGACAAAGCUGGCGGUACAGCAGGUGUUCAGCCAUCCGUGGUUUAUCCAGCGCCCACCCUGACUGGGCCAGCCCAUAUUUUCGCUCGUGGGGACGCGAUGAGCUAUUCAGAUGCAUGCUUCUCUGUUGCCAAGCGCAUCGAUGAUUUGCUGGAGUCGGUGAGAAUUGUCAACGCUGUAUACUCGGCUAGGAUCCAGCAACCACUUAUAUGUUUCAAGUCCUCGUCGGAUGCUCCUAACUUGGCUAAAUUGGCCAGGAAGAAGGGCCUCGACAUCAGCAUUGCUAAAUUGGUGCGUGAAGCUAAGACCAUAGUCGAGUGGGGUUUAAUUUUGUCUUCAGACGACGAGAUGGAUGAUAGGAAGGAUGACAUCCCAGAUGGCGAGAUUAACCCUGUUGAUUAA